GAUAGGGGGAGGCAGGUGUGGGAGGAGGGCAGGAGUCGGUGGAGGGGGGAGGUUUAGUGUAACUUAAGCGUACAGAGGACAACAGAAGAGUCAAAGAGACUGAAAGGUAAGAAGACAACACAGUGAAAGUGACUGUUUGCAAGAGAGACCAAUUUGCCGACUGAAAGUGGAGAGCCAGAGGCUGAUGGGUGUAUCCGAUGCUGGACGUUUUGCAGAUGGCAGGAGUGAUGGAACCUCAUCCCUUGGAGUUGAAGCUGCAAGAACUUGCCUGUACAAUCUGCAGCUCACGCAGAGAGGCCUGGAGAGACGUUAAACUGUUAUCCCUCUUUCCAACUGCCUAACCGAGGACAUGUCAUCCAAGAAGCUGUCGGGCUUUGACACGCCGGCGUCCUACAACCGAGACUCCGAGACCGCCAGACGGCCGUCCACAGAACUGGGGAAUACGAAAAUCACCAGACCAUCUUCGGAGAAGUCUCGUCUCAGUAACUUCAGCCCCCCGAAACACAGGAAGCGAAGUGACAGCACGUCCCACAAAACUACUAUCAACCAUGAGCCUGAGAUCACCGGUAGCCAAGAGGCUGAGCCCACCAGAUGCUCACCUGAGCCCAUUGGAUGGCGGUCACUAGACGUGUCGGGCUUUGACACUCCGGUCUCCAGUGGCCAAGACCCUGAGACCACCAGAUGGUCGCCUGCAGAACUGGCAAAAUCUGACCCUGAACCCAGCAAAGGGCCAUCCGCAGAACUGUUGUCAGGAGAUGUCUACAAGUCAGCCGUGCAUGGAGGACGGUUCGAACCUGAUAAAGUGCCAGCCCCACUGUCCAAGUGCAGAAAUGAGCCAUCCAGGGAACUGACAUCAGAAAUUGCCUGUAAAUCUGCAGAACCGAUCAAACUGCUGUCCCCUCUGUUACCACCUGAACCGGAAGCCGUAUUCACCAAGAAACUGAAGAGCAAUAGCACCAGACCAACCUCGGAGAAGUUCUACCUCCGAGUUCCCAGUCCCCCGAAAAUCAGGAAGCGUAUUGAGAGCGCGCCGGUGAAGAAGGAAACUGGGGCCAAACAGACUUCUGAGAAAUCUCUGCAGUACUUGUCCAGUCCCCCAAAACACAGGAAGCACCAGGACGAUGGAUCCAUCAAGAAAGAUCCUUUGGACAUGGCGACUGAAAGCUCCCGCAGCCGAGAGUCCAAACCCACCCACCAGGGGGCGCCUGCAGAACCAGGGAAGGCAAACCGAAUACCUGCAAAACCCAGUGCUUCCAGUCCCCUGAAAGUCAGGAAACAGUACGAGACCAAGUCUGGCAAGAAAGAGCCUGUUCAGGUUGACCACAAACCUGAGAUCGCCUCGAGGCAAGAGCCUGAGCCUCCAGAGCAGGGGAAGGCAAACCGAAUACCUGCAAAACUAUCUCCCAGGCCUUCCAGCCCCCUGAAACCCAGGAAACGUUACGAGACCAAGUCUGUCAAGAAAGAACCUGUUGUUACCUGGAAACAAGAGCCCAAGCCCACUGAGACUCCACCACAGAGAAGUGGUACAAACAUCAGACCAACUGCUGGUAAAAAAAGCCCUCCGAAAGCCCGGAAACAUUCCAACGACACAUCUGUCAAACGAGAAUCUCCACACUUUGAGACCAGCAUUUCUGAAAGUCGAGAGUUUGAAUCCAUCAGCUCUACAUCUGCGGAACAGUCAGCCUUUGAAAGUGAUGCUGAUUCUUCCACUUCCGGACAGUCUGAGGCUGUUCAACAUCCACGUAUAGAACCGAAACCAGUGAGAAAACUUCAACCUAUUAAGCUCCUGGCUCCCCUGCAUCCUCCCGAACCAAAGACCAAGUUACCCAAGGAGAUGGAGCCAGUUAUUCUGUAUAAAUCGAUGUCCAAACUGGGACAGGUUGAACCAGUCAAGCUGCUGGCUCCACUCUUUCCAUCCGACCUGGCGAGGAAGGCAUCCAAGGAACUGCGGCCAGCGGCCACUUCCAAGGCCACCAGGGGAGAGGGAAUGGAUCGCCGCAAGUGGGAAGAAGGACACAUCGAUUACCUAGGGAAGGAUGCCUUCUCAAACAUUCAGAAGAAGUUGGACCAGUUUCUCCAGUAGCUUCUGUUUCUCUCUCUUGCUCUCUCUCUCUCUCGCUCACAAGGACACUAAAGACGAAACUCGUUUAAAAAUUCGGGACGUUUAAUAUAUCUGUACAUAGACGUGUAUCUCAGAUGAACAUGUACUUUUUCAUGAGUUUUUUUUACAUUUGAUGGUGCACUUGCUGAUUUAGUUUAAAUUUUGCUGCACUCAAAUGUACUCGAAUUUAUACAUAGAUUUAUAUAUAUUUCUCUGAUGUGCAUUCCCAUUUUCUCUCCCUUCCCCCUACCCACCCCCAUAUAUACAUGCACAUAUGAACCCCACUCCUCCCCUAACCUCCUAUUGCUCCUAGGUUGUGGAGUUCAGUGGUCAUAAAUAGUCUGCACUGUUGUGACUGAAAGAGUCUCCAAAACAUCUCGUACUGAGGUCUUAUAUAAAGCAUUCAA